AUGAGUAUCUGGCCCAAACAAGAGAUUCAGCUGGGAUGUAGGCACCUUCAACAGCUUGUCGAUGACUAUGACCAACAAGUAUCCUACCACCAUCUGGUCCUUCGAUGUGUGCAGUUCGACGAAGACGCAGCAGCUUGGAACGUUACUCCCAUGGUCUACGCUGAAGACUUGUCUACCAAUGGAACAACACUUUCUCGUGAAUGUCCUACCGAAGGUGGCUCAACAGUUCGACUUGAUCAUCAACUCACCAAGUCAAUGGGCCCUGUACUUCUCCAGGACGGCGAUUGUCUACACCUCUCAAAGUCAACCUUUGUGCAGUACAACGAGCUCAAUUCCAACAAUGAGGUCAACAUGUCGUUCAUCAUGAACUGUGAAGUCAAGGUAGACUUUGCCAUCUACCCUCGUCUCAUUGGCGUCGGUGGCCAAGGUCAAGUGUUUGUUGCUUGGGAUCGUAGCGUUGGUCAACAAGUAGCAUGCAAAGCUGUCUCUUUGGCUGGAGUCGACCUGAAAGGCGACCAAAAUGCAAAUGAAGCAUCAAUCCAAGCCGCAUCCAACCGCGCUUCGAGGAUGCAAUCCAUAAAGCUGCUUCGAAGGAUACACCGUCUCGAGGUUGAGUAUGAAAUUCUCAAGGAUCUUAGUCACCCGAACAUAAUCGACAUGAGGAAGGUGUUCAUCGCAACUCACCACAUGUCAGUUGUGCCUAUGAACCUCAAUCUAGAGGAACUCAUGGCUGGCGGCGACCUCUUUUCCUACAUCUUCUACAAAGGUGGUGUCCUCGGUGAUACUCUGAGCGCAGUCAUCACUCGUCAGCUACUCAAGGCCGUCGAAUACUUGCACGACAACGGCAUUGUGCAUCGCGAUAUCAAGCCCGAGAACAUACUGAUGUCUUCCUGGCAUCGCAGCACCCGCGUUGUUCUGACUGACUUCGGAAUAGCAAAGCGGAUCAGUCGGUCUAGUAUUUCCACUAGCCAGCCAGGCAGGAUUUCUCGCAUGUUCUCGACCUGUGGCACAUAUGGUUUUACAGCUCCUGAAAUCAACAAGCUCAAUCCGACAAUGGCAGAGAACAAAGGCUACAGCAGCGCAAUCGACCUCUGGUCAGUUGGCUGUGUCAGUGCACUCAUGUUGACUGGCAGUCUCGCCUUCAACCACCGAGACGGCGACCAAGACAUUGGCCAGAUCAAUUCACGCUCUGUCAGCGCCUAUGACCUGACCCAAAUCGACAAAGGCGAGCAGAGCUGGGAUGAAGAGAAGCGUUCGACAGCAAAGAAAGCGCUCGAACACUCCUGGUUCACUAAUCACAUCUGCUCUGAAGGAUUUGACAACGUCUACGAAAAGGCCAUCGGUGAUUGGAAGCCAAGUACCAUACCCAAGGAAGAGAUCGUCGUCAACAUCGACACCAGCGACAUUGCCAUUCCUACCCCAAGCGCAUCGCAAGUUGUUCGUCAACGAUCUGACUCUGCAGUCGUCCAGUCAGAGUUCUUCCAAGCGCAGGAAGAAUACGAUGAGGACCAGAUGGAAAUGUCCUCAACCCCUGGUCGGUUUACCGAGCAAGAGCUAGACGACAACCCUCUCCUAGCCGCGAGCCCGGCAUCUCAACCAUCGCAGACCUUUGAACCGCCGCCAACCUCAUCCGAUCCUCCUUUGAAGAUUGUAGCUCACCCAAAACACCUCUCCUAUCACACUUCAAUCUACUCCAAAUUGCCUCCUCGAUCUUCUGGCCCGGACCAAGACCUCGAUGUUCUGCAGCCAUCGGCACGACUUCGUCCACCACAGUCCUCAGACCCUGACCAAGAUCUUGAUUCCUUGAAACCAUCAGCACAACUCAGAAAGUUGCAGGCAUCACCAGAGUUUACGUGGCCUUCGUCGGCGCCCAACAAACGCAAGAUACGUUUGCCUUCUCCCGAGUUCCCGUGGCUCUGA